AUGGGCGAUGGGUUGAUGAUAUAAGAGGGAAGUUUUGUAAAAGCAACAGGAAGAAUUGCUCAGAUACCCGUGAGUGAGGCUUACUUGGGUCGUGUUGUAAAUGCUCUGGCUAAACCUAUUGAUGGGAAAGGCGAAAUUAUAGCUUCCGAAUCUCGCUUAAUUGAAUCUCCUGCUCCAAGUAUAAUUUCCAGGCGUUCCGUAUACGAACCUCUUCAAACAGGGCUUAUUGCUAUCGAUUCGAUGAUCCCUAUAGGGCGCGGUCAGCGAGAGUUAAUUAUUGGGGACAGACAGACUGGCAAAACAGCAGUAGCCACAGCUACAAUUCUCAAUCAAAAAGGGGAAGGUGUAAUAUGUGUUUAUGUAGCUAUCGGUCAAAGAGCAUCCUCCGUAGCUCAAGUAGUAACUACUUUCCAUGAGGAGGGGGCCAUGGAAUACACUAUUGUAGUAGCUGAGAUGGCGGAUUCACCUGCUACAUUACAAUACCUCGCGCCUUAUACGGGAGCAGCCCUGGCUGAGUAUUUUAUGUACCGCGAAUGGCAUACUUUAAUAAUUUAUGAUGAUCUCUCCAAACAGGCACAAGCUUAUCGCCAAAUGUCCCUUCUAUUAAGAAGACCUCCCGGCCGUGAGGCUUAUCCAGGGGAUGUUUUUUAUUUGCAUUCACGCCUUUUAGAAAGAGCCGCUAAAUUAAAUUCUCUUUUAGGCAAAGGAAGUAUGACCGCUUUACCAAUAGUUGAGACUCAAUCUGGAGACGUUUCCGCCUAUAUUCCUACUAAUGUAAUCUCCAUUACAGAUGGACAAAUAUUCUUAUCUGCGGAUCUAUUCAAUGCCGGAAUUCGACCCGCUAUUAAUGUGGGUAUUUCUGUUUCCAGAGUAGGAUCCGCGGCUCAAAUUAAAGCCAUGAAACAAGUAGCUGGCAAAUCAAAAUUGGAACUAGCUCAAUUCGCAGAGUUACAAGCCUUUGCACAAUUCGCCUCUGCUCUCGAUAAAACAAGUCAGAAUCAAUUGGCAAGGGGUCGAUGAUUAAGGGAAUUGCUUAAACAAUCCCAGGCAAAU